AUGCGAAGAAUCACACGUCGAAGGGGUGCCUGCCAAGCAUGCAGGUCUAGGAAAGUACGAUGUGACGGAGCAGACCCAUGUCUCAAUUGCGAUGUACGGGAGAGAUGCCUUUGGGUGAACCAAAUUCUGACCCGUAACGGACAAGCAUGUUAUUAUCCGCCUUUAGCCCCUAGACCUCGCCGAUCAACCGCACCAGGAACGAACAACAGCUCACAACCUCCCAACGUACGGAGACUCGAUAUCAACACCAGUGACAGUCUCCCACCGUACGAUGCAUGGCAACAACUCACAUGCGAUGGCACGCUGCUAACGCCUAUUUCGACCGACGACACGGUGAACAAUGAUGAGAGGGGGGACAUGGAUGGCUUAAACUGCUUGUUACAAUUCUCAAUGCCCGAUGCCUAUCCGAGCAGUCGACAAGAUGAACAUCCAGGCAUGUUGGAUCUGCCCUUACCGGGAGAGGACGAGUUGAUGGAUUUACUCGACACUACACCAUCGGACUCCAACUCUGCAGGAUUCAACUUCGACAUGCCGUCUCCGAUGAUCGACAACAAGUUCUCCGCUUCACCGGCACCGCAAACAACAGAUCAACGAGGUAAUGCACAGCAGUCUAGACCAGAGACGACCAGUCCACCUGAAUACAACAUGCUAUUCAAUUUCGAUGAAGCGACCGAAACAAGGAAACUGGCAACCGAAAGACAUGACAAGACGCCAAACCCACGCGACUCACCAAUGGAAGUCGAUUUUGCGGCGUCGAGUCUGUACGGCCUCCCAAGUUACAUCGCUCGGAGCAGCAAAGAGCCUCGUCGGACAGAGAUGAUCAAGACCGUCAACGGACUCAAGCGAGUACUCUGCGGUAACCGUGUAAUGCCAACAACCAAAAGCCCACACGAUCGCUCCAGACGGUGGCCAGACAGCGACAUCACCAUGUCACGUUAUUGCGAUGCCUGCUUCGAAGAUUGCUGCCCAAUCAGCAACUUCCUCACCAGACAAGCAGUCGAUAAGAUAAUCAAGCAAUCACGAGAAGCCGAUGCCAGUCCGCUCGCUACGGCCUUCGUAGAGGCAGUCAUGUCAAUCGGAUGUUACACCGCCUGCCAACGUAGUCGGGAGCCACCCACACCCGAUGAGGCUCGCGAUGCCCAGAGGCGGCUUGGAACAGCGUUAGGUCUUUACAAGACCAUUCAAGGUUGCCCAAACAGCUUACUGAAGCUCCAGGCAACGCUUCUCAUGGCCGUCAUUGCAUGCAUGUGUGAUGAGUCGCUUGUUUGGGAAAAGAUCACGGGAGCAGUUUGCUGUGCGAGGGACCUUCGCUUGGUCCACUCCGCAAGGGGCCAGCAGCCGAACAUGAGCCAGCAAGAGCAAGAAUUGGCACAGCGCAGCGUAUGGUUUCUUUACAGUUUGGAAACUGAGUAUGCUAUUCAUCAUGGAAUGCUUCCUAUUCUCGAUCUUGGCUGGGGUAGUCAGUUUCCCUCGUUCGACCGCGGCGAUGAUAUGAUCGCUGUGUCAUACACGUUUUCCGAGUUACUCCACUCGGUGCUCAAGUUCCAGUACAGCCCGCGUGCACUGAACAAGUCGACCUCAGCAUACGACCGACGGGACCGUCUGCAAGCCAGCUGCCACGUCCUCAACGAGUGGGUGACGGGACUCCCGGCUCCUCUGAACGAGGCGCACAACGCCAAGACGCUUCAGGGGAUCAAGGACGAACGGCAGUUGAGGAAGGCCUUCCGCGUGUUCUGCAUGUAUCACCGGGCUGUCUUCUUUGUGCACUGCCCCUGGAUUACACCCUUGUCAUCGGAAGACGGAGAAAUGGCAGGAGUAGCCGGGCAGAUGCGGGACAGGUGCUUGGAGCGCUGUGCCGAAUCGGCCUUCGCCGUGGUGAAGUUGGCAAACAGCGGUCUAUUCUGGGAGAAGGGACUCGAAAGGGACAUUGGUUCGCCAAGCACACGGUGGGGAGACAUGGGCCAUCUUCUUCUGGUCUCCCUCUGCUUCAUCGUGUACUAUCUCAUGAAUGGUGAAAAGGGAAAUCGCAAGGCAGCCAUGCCUUAUCUUGCAAUUUGUGGCGGUCUUUUCGGAAGGCUUAGCCUCGAGAGCGAUGAAGCAUCGUUGAUGGAUCAUUAUCUGGAGUUGAUUCAAGUAGUGAGAGCUAGCUUGAGUCGCUCAUUCUUGGAGCGCCACAAGCCUUCGUUGCUGGUACUGGCGUCCCAGAUUUCAGCGGCAGCUCUCAAUGGCUUGGCCAAGCUCCUAGAGACUGGCGAGGAACCCAUCCACCCAUUCCAAGUCCUCUUCGUUCGUUUCUUCAUUACCGGCAUCGGCGCCACAAUCGUCCUAUGGCGCACACAGGCACCCAGCUUUCCAUGGGGUCUACCGGAGUUGAGGCCGCUGCUGGCCUUGAGAGCAGCGGCUGGCGUCUUUGGUGCUUUCGGAUUCUACUUCUCCAUCAUGUACCUUAAGCUCAGUGAAGCCACUGCACUCAACUUCCUGGGUCCUCUUAUCGCUAUGAUCCUCAUAAGAUACUUGGAUUUUGGCACCUUUGAAGUAGUCGAUAGAAUCGGCGCCCUCGUCGCGCUUGUUGGCGUCAUUCUCGUCGUACAACCUGAUGGUCUAUUUGACCAUAAAGCAGCCAUCCUGAGCGCUGCCCAAACAGUCACCGGGGGAGACACCAAAGGACGUAUGAUGGGCUUCGGCUUUGGGUUACUGAGCGUCUGUGGAGGAGCAGUUGCACUGACGGCAAUCCGAUCCAUCGGCCCACGGGCGCAUCCGCUCUUUAGCGUGAACUACUUCGCGUGGACCGUUGUCUCACUCACUUCAAUCUCAUUCAUUCUCAUGAAGAGCAUCCAUCUCACGAGAGACCCCAUCGCCUGGCUGAAAUUGACGCCACUUGGUGUCUUUGGUUUCACGAUGGAGUACCUUCUGACGGCAGGGAUCGCGAAUGAUUCUUCGUCUGCUGCGACAAUAAUGAUCUACUCCCAGGUGUUGUGGGCGCUAUUGCUUGAUUGGGUUAUCUGGCGCGCGAGCGUGAAUCUGUUGGCUAUGAUUGGGAUUGUGAGUGUGGUGACAAGUUUGUUCGUGGUUACAUCUGCAAAGGAGUGGCAAUGGUUUCGAAAAAAUAGGUACCAGGCAGUGGAGCAGAGCGUGUCAGAGGAAGAAGAAGAGUCUGAUGAAGAGCUUGUAGAGAUGCCACCCAAUCACUCCUCGGUGGUAUGA